UUUCAAAAUCUAUUCAAUAUUUAAAAAUCAAUAAAGUUUCAACUGUUAUCAACAACAGUUCUAUACCACAUUUAACUAUUUGAAAAACUAGCAUUCUUCAUAUAAGGUCUCUUACCUAAUUUUUCUAUGAAAUAAGCUGGCUUGUGGAUACAUUCACAUGAUAAUAACCGAUUCUCAACUUCUUAUUUAGGUGUUUAAUUAGAUCUCAUUGAUAAAUGUCUUAGAUUUUAAGCAAAACUGGUACAUUUUUAUUCCUAAUAAUUUGGUAUUUGCUUUUUGGGCAUAAAUCAGUUAUUCUCACUCCUAAAAAUAACGAUUCUGAUGCUGUAUUAUAUGUAGCAGUAAGUAUUUAGAUCCAUUUUUAACAAGUAAGAAUUUAUUGGGAUAUAUUUUGUAUGAAUAAAGUUCCUUACUUCUCUCCUUUCUCUAUUAUUUUAGAAAGUAUUUUAGAUAUUUAGUGUGCAAAGUGCAGAAAUAGUUUUUAUCUGUAUAAUUUGUAAGGAUGGGUGUAGACUGUAGAUAAGAAAUGGGAUUGUGCAAUUUCACACUUCAGAAAAUAAUUUUAUUUUGAACAAUAAUUGCUAUAAUUUUGGAAUUAAUUAAAUCUAGUGUUCAUGUAUAAGGGAUAUAUAGUUGCAAAUAUUGGAUUAGUCCUUAAAUAUCAAUGAUAUCACUAUUAAAAAUAUAUGGAUAAAGUUCUCUCCAAAUUGACUUAAAUUAAU